AGAAUGAGUUGAAUUUUUUCUGAAAUUUUUAUUAUUAUAUUUACUUUUGUAUUGCUAAUUGCGAUGUAUUUUGUUCGUUGUGACAAUUUUAAAUUAUAAUAAGCUAAUUAAAACGUUAAAUGAAUUAAUUAUAAAACUAGUUAGUUGAAAAUUACAUCGUGCAAUAUCCACCGACACAUUCAUCAUGCCUACUGUGCCAGAUGCAUCCAUAAGUGGAGCUCAAGUAGAAUGGGAUGAUGAUACAUGUCUGUACAUGCCGUACGAAGUUGAACAGUUGCUGAUGCCGGAUUGCUCUAAUUGCUUAGCUGUGAGAAGUUAUCUGAAAAUGCUGGGUGUGAAUUUCGCUCUAUGCUGUCGACCAAAUGCAGAAUUCAUGUCUCCUACCGGUAAAGUCCCCUUUGUAAAAUCAGGUCAAUAUGUAAUCGCGGAAUUGGAUUUCAUUAUUGAUUUUGCUGCUAGUAAAGGACAUUCGUUGUCUGAAAAUCUAGAAAAAUCUCAACGAGAUGAUAUGCGAGCUUAUAUGUCAUUAGUGAACACAGUGCUGGGCAAUGCGGAGACCUAUCUGGUUUGGUGUGAUCCGGCAACAUUACCUAUUACAGUCCAACGCUACGGAUCCGUCUAUCCAUUCCCAUUGAAUCAUUGGGUAACUUUUCUCAAAAAAAGAUCGACAUUGUCUCGUCUUGACGCUGUUGGUUGGCUUAAAAAAAGCAUUGACGAGGUGUACAAAGAGGUUGACACUUGUUGUAAAGCACUUUCAGAUCGAUUGGGAGAUAAGGAGUAUUUCUUCGAUAACCAACCAACGGAACUGGAUGCUUUAGUAUUUGGCCAUGUAUUCACAAUACUUACCACCGCUCUACCUACGAAUAGAUUGGCGGCUACUGUCCGAGGAUAUUCCAAUUUAAUUAAACUUUGUACUAAUAUAGAAAAAUUGCAUUUUUCCUUUCAUAGAGAGUUAGAAUGGAGACAUUAUGAAAUGAAUGAACAACAGGAAAAGCGUUCACCCACCGCUGUCCCUGCUUUGUAGAUUUUAUAUUUAGAUUUUGAUUAGUCUUUGUAUGUAGCAGUUCUCUUUUGUUUAGUUGUAUAAAAUUUGAUAUUACAUUUUUAAUGUUCAAUCAAUCAAAA